UUAUCGGAUGAUUGUGGGGACGCUUUCGGCGGGUUCAGUUAAAAUGGCGUCGUUGCUAAGAGCGGAUAGUCAAGACAAGAGUAACGGCUGCAGGUAGAUUUGGACACCGAACCGGAACCUUAUUGCACUUAGCAGCGCCAUGGCAGGCGUGGAUCAGAAAUCCCCGAAUGUCUUGCUUCAGAGCUUGUGCUGUCGGAUCAUGGGCAAGAGCGAAGUUGAUGUUGCACACCAGUUCCAGUAUGCUGUCCGAGUUGUUGGAAGUAAUUACGCUCCUACAAUUGAACAGGAUGAGUUUCUUGUUGUCGAAAAGAUAAAAAAAGAACUUGUAAAGCAGAGAAGAGAAGCAGAUGCUGCACUUUUAUCAGAGCUCCACAGGAAACUUCAGUCACAGGGGGUGUUAAAGAACAGAUGGUCCAUACUCUACCUCUUGCUCAGCCUUUGUGAGGAUCCACGUAAACCACCUGCCAGGGUUGCUAAUUAUACAGCACUGUUUGCUCAGGCUUUGCCAAGAGAUGCUCAGUCUACCCCACAAUACUACUGUGCCAGGCCACAGAGCCUCCCGCUAAGCUAUCCUGAUAGGACUCAGUCUGCACAGAGCUCUGGUAGUAUGGGCAGCAGUGGGGUCAGCAGUCUCAGUAUAUAUGCAACGAAUGGGCCCACACCUACCCCACAGUCUCUGCUUCCAGGACAAACUCAAGGCAUGGGAGACUGUCUUCGCCAGCAGCUGAGCUCACGGCUCGCGUGGAAUCUCUCUGCCGCAGCGCCUUCAGUGCCAACUUCUACCUCAAGAGGCCUUGCAAACUCUGUGACCCGCAGUGUGCCAAGGUCUAGAAGGGAAGGGGACACAGGAAGCGGCUGUGUUGAAGUAAGUGAGUCUGCCCUCGUAAGAGACAUUUUAUAUGUCUUCCAGGGAAUUGAUGGAAAAUGCAUCAAAAUGUGCAGUUCUGAAAGCUGCUAUAAAAUAGAUGGAAAGAUUGCAGUAUCUAAGUCGCUGAGAGACAUCACAAGCAGGCUAGCAGAAUUGGGGUGGUUACAUAACAAAGUGAGAAAAUACACAGAUCAGAGGAGCCUAGACCGGGCAUUUGGACUUGUUGGACAGAGUUUUUGUGCUGCUUUACAUCAGGAACUUAAGGAGUACUACAGACUACUCUCUGUUUUGCAUUCCCAGAUGCAGGUUGAAGAUGACCAAGGUGUGAACCUGGGGGUUGAAAACAGCUUGACUCUCAGACGCCUUCUUGUUUGGACUUAUGAUCCAAAGAUCAGACUGAAAACCCUUGCAGCACUUGUGGAUCACUGUCAAGGGAGAAAAGGGGGAGAGCUAGCGACAGCUGUCCAUGCUUACGGUAAAACAGGGGACCCGUACAUGAGGGCACUAGUGCAACACAUUCUCAGCCUGGUCUCCCAUCCCAUCCUAAACUUUCUGUACCACUGGAUUUACGAUGGGGAGCUGGAGGACACGUACCAUGAGUUUUUUGUAGCCUCUGACCCAACAGUGAAGACUGACCGACUAUGGCAUGAUAAGUAUACUCUUAGAAAAUCGAUGAUCCCUUCCUUUAUAGCUAUGGAUCAGGCCAGAAAGGUGCUUCUAAUUGGAAAAUCUAUUAACUUCUUGCAUCAAGUUUGCCAUGACCGAACUCCUCCUGGUAAAAUAAUAGCUGCAUCAAAAUCUUCGGAUUCUCCCAAGGAUGCUGCCGAGUUAUUUACUGAUUUGGAAGGUGCCUUCCAAGGCAAUAUUGAUGCAGCCUAUUUUGAGACAAGUAAAUACCUGCUUGAUGUUCUAAACAAGAAUUACCACCUGCUGGAACACAUGCAGGCCAUGAGAAGAUACUUGCUUCUGGGUCAAGGAGAUUUCAUACGCCAUUUAAUGGACCUGCUAAAGCCUGAAUUGGUGAGGCCAGCCACUACCUUGUAUCAGCAUAAUCUAACAGGAAUCCUUGAGACGGCAGUCAGAGCAACCAAUGCCCAGUUUGACAGUCCUGAGAUUCUCAAGCGACUUGAUGUCCGACUUCUGGAGGUAUCCCCAGGUGAUACGGGCUGGGAUGUGUUCAGUAUGGACUACCACGUCGACGGGCCAAUUGCAACGGUAUUCACUCGGGAGUGCAUGAGUCAUUACUUGCGUGUGUUCAACUUCCUCUGGAGAGCUAAGCGAAUGGAAUAUAUUCUUACUGAUAUUUGGAAAGGCCAAAUGUGCAAUGCCAAACUCCUCAAGAGCAUGCCAGAACUCUCUGGAGUGCUGCAUCAGUGUCACAUCCUGGCAUCAGAAAUGGUCCACUUUAUUCACCAAAUGCAGUAUUACAUUACCUUUGAGGUGCUGGAAUGCUCUUGGGAUGAACUCUGGAACAAGGUGCAACAUGCGCAAGAUUUGGACCACAUCAUUGCAGCUCACGAAGUGUUCCUUGAUACCAUCAUUUCACGGUGUCUACUAGACACUAACUCACGAGCUCUUCUGAAUCAGCUUCGAGCCAUCUUUGAUCAAAUUAUUGAGUUCCAGAAUGCACAGGACACCUUGUACCGGGCUGCACUGGAGGAGUUCCAACUCAGACUGCAGUUUGAAGAAAAGAAGAAACGGCUCCAAUCUGAGGGUGAGUGGGGAGUAACCACAGCAGAUGAAGAGGUAGAAAACAAACGAGUUCAAGAAUUUUGUGAAACUAUACCAAAAAUGUGCUCUCAGCUACGCAUACUUACACAUUUCUACCAGGGUGUUGUGCAGCAGUUCUUGGUGUUGCUGAUGACGAGUUCAGAUGAAAGUCUUCAGUUUCUCAGCUUCAGACUCGAUUUCAAUGAGCACUACAAAGCAAGAGAACCUCGGCUGCGGAUGUCCUUGGGGACCACUAGGGGGCGGCGAAGCAGCUACAUGUAAAACAGCCAGCAGCAUUUUAUACAACAACUCAAUAGGGCUACAUGGAUAUUUUAAGUUUAUCAGUUGCUGGGUUAUGAAAAGUUUCUGUGUUGUUGCCAAAAUCUAGCAACCCCAAAACUGCUCCAGUAAACCGCGUGGCUAAAUGAUGUGUCAUUUAAUAGCACAGGGUCAAUUUCAAUUUUUUUGGUCUUGUUUUUAUAGCUGACUUGUAAAGACUAAAAAUGGCAAUUCAGUCUCUUCACUAGAUGACAUCACAUCAGUGCUAGUAAAUUGCAUACAUUGUGUAAUUCUUCAUAUACAUUGUUUGCUGUUUGAAUUUGAGUAGUUUUUUUUCUUCCUAAAUCACUGUGUAAAAAGUUGCUUUUUUCUCCCACUGUAAAUUCCCACAUUUUGCUACUGUUGCACUGGGUUUGUGUACACAUUCUUUGUUGUGCGUAUGUUUAAAAGGAUUGGAGACUACAAUUGCAGAGACGUUGUCCUUGUAUUGCAAAAACAUUUAUUCUUUCAGAACAGGAGUAGACAGAUUGACUCUUCUUAACAUUUAUAUAAGCAAUGGCAACAUUUAACAAAACCAUCACUUGCCAAUUUAAAAAAAAAUUAAAAUAAAAGUCUGUAAGUAUACAUUUGGGCAUUCGACAGCAUGCAGCAAUGCUGACUACUAGCUGAUGUCGUGAGUAUUCGAUGUUCAGAUGGUCUUGCAGUGUCUGAUCUACGAAGACUACCAAGCGGCACUUUGCUUUGGCCGUUGUGGAUUAGAGGAAUUCAAGUUUUAUAAUUUCAGAUUUAUUUAUUUUGGCACCAUAUUACUAUCUUAACAAAGCUGUUCAACAAUGGUGUUAAAUAUAACUUGAAUCAAGAGAUGUGCUUAACUUUGGGACUGUCAGCUUGCUAAUUUAAUUGAGGCUCCUCUAGCAAUCACAUUUUCAAAUGACAUUGUCUUUUUGGACUGAGUAAUGUCUUUCUUGUUGCAGCUUUUGAUAACUCAGCAUCAAACAUAAUGUAAUUCACUUAUCUGUUAAAUGUCUUAGAAAUGGACAUGCCACAAGCUUACUGAGCACCUUCACUUGUGGGUCAAGUUGUGUUUAACAGCCUAUACAGCCUGAAUGAAUGUAUGGUUCUUUUAAAUUCUGCAGUAGUGUAUUUAUUCAGUGUGACCGCAGAUCUCUCCUGUUACAGCAUACCUCUUUUCGGCUUGGAUCUGAUGUUGUUUCUGGCCUGUAGCAGUCUGGAGCAACGCAUCAGGAAAAUAUUUCAGCAGAUUUAUAUAGGACAGAUGUAUAUAGCAAAUACACACAUUUAAACAAACAAACAAACAAAAAAAAAAAAAAACAGUUCUGCCACUGAUUCUUAAAUAAAAUGAUUUCUUGAUUUGUAUGUGUUUUUGAUGAAAAGGUGCUUUUAAUGAAAGAGGUGUUUAUAUGAAUGUCUGAGCUCAUGAUUUUAAUUAUUUUGUUUAUUUUUAAACCUUCAAUUUGUGUUUUGAAAUCCAAAAUAUUUUAAAAUGCCUUUGCUCAAGUGAUGAUUUUUGGGAAUUCCUCCGGUUUGCAUCAGUAUUGAUUUAUGCACCGAAAUAUGCUCAUGUUACUCAACUUGGGGUUGUUCAUUUAAUAAGAAGUACAAAAUGCAGACAGUAGUAUUUAUGUCCAUUUUGCUAUCAGUACACCAUCCGAAAGACUAUUAAGCUCAAAACUGACUCCUAAAUACAAAUACUUAACAUUUUAAUCAUUAAUAUUUGGUCACAAUGGCCUGUUUUUCUUAUCUGAACCAUGUUCAGAUAGUAGGCUGAAGAUGUUGAUCUAGUAAAUACUUUAUGCCUCUGUGUUGGAACUAAUGUUUUUUUUUUUUUUUUUUUACCUUGUUUACAGAGUAAUAAACCAUGCAUACAUGCAAAUAAACUACCCAUACGGCUUUGAUAUUUA